AAUAACGUGUUUGUUAGCCAUUACUAAGCGUAGCGUUAGCUAACGUUGCCUUGGUGCAUAUAGCUAGCAUAGUGGAUAUUUUGUAAUUUUACUUUAGGCUAGCUAAGUGUUCAGCGUACUGUAAUGGGAGAUGACAGAGCUCAAUAGAAUAACGAGCGAUAUGUAAAGGUAUCCUUAGCAAGUAGUUUCGAGUGGCUUCUAAAUGUAACAAGCUAACUAUGCUAUCGCAUGUGUGAAGUGAGCACAGCAUCCUCCAUUGUUCAUUCACUCUUCCAGAGCUGAUAGUGUAAAGCUGUGCCUGAGCUAUUUUCCUGCUUAACCUUGAAAGCUGUGUAUGUUACAACUUAAAUUUUAAUUAUAUUAGUUUAUUAUGAGUUUAACUUAUCGACUAACUCGAGCUCCAGAGGUGUCCGUGGCUCUUUUAAACAUGCAGGAGAAUAACAGAUUAUGAAUACUACUAAUCUGACCUUUCAUCAUGCCAGUUGUUUUUGUAUAACCGUUAAUCUAACAUUAAACUCACAUCAGAGAGACAAGACACGAUUUACCGUCCACACUUUGUUGUUAAUCAGACUGUUGAGCCUUCUAUCAGACACCUGGAGGAGCUGAAGCACAGCAGAGACCUCAGAGCAGCUUGAUACCUACCGACACAGUGUGUGAAGAAUGUCUUCACCCAUAUACUACAAUCAAGACAGUGUGACACGCUUCAAGAAAAGAAAGGCUCGUUUCUCUUUCAGUGAAGUCCACAUAUUGCUGGAUGAAGUUAGGAAGCACCGUAUGGUUGUUGUGGGCAAAUUCAAUCGUGGUGUGCCAACAGACAUGAAAAAGCGCACAUGGGCAGAGAUUACUGCACGGGUCAAUGAGAUUGGAGAGUGCCAACGUGAGGUCAUAGAAGUCAUCAAGAAGUGGUCUGACCUAAAGUGUGACACAAAACGGAAAGUGGCUGCUAUGAGGUCGGGGACAGUGCCCAACAGAGGCCUCAACUCACGCCUUUCCCGGGAUCUUAACCAGACAGAGAAAAUAGUCCUCCAGAUACUGGAGAUGGACGAUGAGGAGCAGAGCUCCGGUGACUUCGGCCCGCUGGGGGAAGACGACGAUGUGCCAGAGGAGGAAGAAGAAUUGGAUGAGGAUGAUAUGAUUGCAAUGCAGAGCUCUCCUAAUGGCGGGUUGGACAUGACACCUAUGCCUCCACCUUCUUCCUGCAAGAUAGGACAGUCAGGGGACUCGUCACAGCCCUCUUUUGAUGUGCAAUAUGAGGUGCCUCCAGCAGAAGAUACUGAAAAUGCAUUUGGAGACUCGGACGAUGAACAAAGAGACGAUAUGCUUCCUUCAACUCAGACAGCAAAGCCAAAAGACGAUCACCAAGCUAACAACAGCACCCAGAAACAAGCGCAACCUCACACGUCUACUGGACCACCGGCAUCUGCGGCUGCAUUUCCGGCGCCCGGUCAGUCCUCGCAGAGCACGAGAGACAGCAUGCUGCACAGUGCAUCGCUGAGCCUUCAGGAGCAGCAUGCCACUAACAUCCUGCUGGAGACUGUGUCGCGCUCCCUGGAGCUUCUGUCGGAGUCAGUGCAGCAGCUGGCAGAGACUCAGCAGGAGUUUGUGCGUGAGUCGCUGCAGCUCCAGCGGGAGACGGUGCAGGUGCUCAGAGACUUCACAGGUGGAGCCAUCGCACUCAUGCAUGACAAACUGAAUGGACGGCCGGCGUUAUAACAGCAGUGACACAUGGAGAUGAGGGUCUGUUAUCUCACUGACGUCAUACAUGACCUUCAGGUGCAGGAACUUCUCGGUUCUUUUGGACUUCACCUGUGGUUUUUAAAUCAGCAGAUUUUCUGUGGUUAUAUUUUAAAACUAUUGGUAGACUCAUUGUAUCGUUGGAAUUACUGUUUGUGUGGUUGUAUGAAAGUGGAUUGCAAAAACAACCAAUAUUAGCCAUAAAGAAAGAACAUGGAGAGUUUUUUGUUUUGCUACUGACAGUGAGACUCCACCACAUUUUCUAUUGAUAAAACAACUUGUUUAAAGCCUCUGAAAAGUU